UUUCAGCCACCACUGGUCCAAGCAAUCUUCAGUGGAGAUCUAGAGGAGAUUCAGACGCUCAUCCACAAAACUGAAGAUGUCAAUGUUCUGGAUUCUGAAAAGCGAACUCCCCUUCAUGUGGCCGCAUUUCUGGGAGAUGCAGAGAUUAUUAAACUCCUGAUUAUGUCAGGAGCUCGUGUGAAUGCCAAGGACAAUAUGUGGCUGACCCCACUGCACCGGGCUGUUGCCUCCAGAAGCGAAGAAGCAGUACAGAUAUUGAUUACGCACUCGGCUGAUGUCAAUGCAAGGGACAAGAACUGGCAGACCCCCCUCCACGUGGCAGCAGCCAAUAAGGCUGUCAAGUGUGCAGAAGUGAUCAUCCCCUUGCUGAGCAGCGUCAACGUCUCCGACCGAGGAGGACGGACAGCCUUGCACCACGCGGCGCUGAAUGGCCAUGUGGAGAUGGUCAAUUUACUCUUGACCAAAGGAGCAAACAUCAAUGCAUUUGACAAGAAGGACCGGCGUGCUCUGCACUGGGCAGCAUAUAUGGGGCACCUGGACGUCGUGGCACUGCUCAUUAACCAUGGUGCAGAGGUGACAUGUAAGGAUAAGAAAGGUUACACACCCCUGCAUGCCGCUGCCUCCAAUGGACAGAUCAACGUUGUCAAACACCUCCUGAAUCUGGGAGUGGAGAUUGACGAAAUCAAUGUCUAUGGAAACACUGCCCUCCACAUCGCCUGCUACAAUGGCCAGGAUGCUGUAGUUAAUGAACUGAUUGACUACGGUGCUAAUGUGAACCAGCCAAACAACAACGGGUUUACCCCUUUGCAUUUUGCUGCAGCCUCUACUCAUGGUGCUUUGUGUCUUGAACUGCUGGUAAACAACGGGGCAGAUGUUAACAUUCAGAGUAAAGAUGGGAAAAGUCCGCUGCACAUGACAGCUGUCCAUGGAAGAUUCACACGGUCACAAACCCUCAUUCAGAAUGGAGGUGAAAUUGACUGUGUGGAUAAGGAUGGCAAUACUCCUCUCCAUGUGGCUGCAAGAUACGGCCAUGAGCUUUUGAUUAACACCUUAAUAACCAGUGGAGCUGACACAGCCAAGUGUGGAAUCCAUAGCAUGUUCCCCUUACAUUUAGCAGCCCUAAAUGCUCAUUCUGAUUGCUGCCGAAAGUUGUUGUCAUCAGGCUUUGAAAUAGACACCCCAGAUAAAUUUGGAAGAACGUGCCUUCAUGCUGCUGCUGCAGGAGGUAAUGUGGAAUGUAUAAAACUCUUGCAGAGCAGCGGAGCGGAUUUCCAUAGAAAGGACAAGUGUGGGAGGACCCCUUUGCAUUACGCAUCGGCAAAUUGUCAUUUCCACUGUAUUGAGACGUUAGUGACCACAGGAGCCAAUGUUAAUGAAACCGAUGAUUGGGGACGGACAGCUUUGCACUAUGCUGCUGCGUCAGACAUGGACAGAAAUAAGACCAUGUUAGGAAAUGCCCAUGAAAAUUCAGAAGAACUUGAAAGAGCCAGAGAGCUGAAGGAGAAGGAAGCCGCAUUAUGCUUAGAGUUUCUGCUUCAGAAUGAUGCAAAUCCAUCCAUCCGGGACAAAGAAGGUUACAAUAGCAUACAUUAUGCUGCUGCCUAUGGUCACAGACAGUGUCUGGAGUUGCUUUUGGAAAGAACCAACAGUGCAUUUGAAGACUCCGAUUCCGGUGCUACCAAAAGUCCGCUUCACUUAGCUGCCUACAAUGGGCACCAUCAAGCCUUGGAAGUCCUUCUGCAGUCACUGGUGGACCUGGACAUCAGGGACGAGAAAGGCCGCACUGCUCUGGACCUGGCUGCCUUUAAGGGACACACAGAAUGUGUAGAAGCACUUAUCAAUCAGGGCGCGUCCAUCUUAGUGAAAGACAAUGUAACCAAAAGAACCCCACUCCAUGCCUCAGUAAUUAAUGGUCAUACACUGUGUUUGCGGCUCUUACUAGAAAUUGCUGACAACCCCGAGGUGGUUGAUGUGAAAGAUGCCAAAGGACAAACCCCACUGAUGCUUGCAGUAGCAUAUGGCCACAUCGAUGCUGUUUCAUUAUUACUUGAAAAGGAAGCAAAGGUAGAUGCUGUUGAUAUCAUGGGAUGCACAGCUUUACACAGAGGGAUUAUGACGGGACACGAGGAAUGUGUGCAGAUGCUGUUGGAGCAGGAGGUUUCAAUUCUCUGUAAAGAUUCCAGAGGGAGGACGCCUCUGCACUACGCAGCUGCUCGCGGCCAUGCUGCGUGGCUGAACGAGCUGCUCCCAAUGGCCCUUUCUGAAGAGGACUGUUCCUUCAGAGAUAAUCAAGGCUACACGCCCAUGCACUGGGCCUGUUACAAUGGUAAUGAAAACUGUCUAGAGGUACUUUUGGAGCAAAAAUGUUUUCGCAAGUUUGUUGGUAAUUCCUUUACUCCACUGCACUGUGCAAUAAUCAAUGAUCAUGAGAGUUGUGCAUCACUGCUACUUGGAGCCAUAGAUUCCAGUAUCGUCAGUUGUAGAGAUGAUAAAGGGAGAACACCACUUCAUGCAGCAGCCUUUGCGGACCACGUGGCGUGCCUGCAGCUCCUUUUGAAACACAAUGCCCAAGUGAAUGCAGCGGACCAUUCGGGGAAGACGGCGCUGAUGAUGGCAGCUGAGAACGGGCAGGCAGGCGCCGUGGACAUUUUGGUGAACAGUGCCCAGGCUGACCUGACUCUACAGGAUAAGGACUUGAAUACACCCUUACAUUUGGCUAGUAGUAAAGGUCAUGAAAAAUGUGCCUUGUUAAUACUUGACAAGAUACAAGACGAGAGCCUUAUUAAUGCAAAAAAUAAUGCACUGCAGACACCUCUCCAUGUUGCUGCACGCAAUGGUUUGAAGAUGGUAGUUGAGGAGUUGCUAGCAAAAGGGGCCUGUGUACUUGCUGUCGAUGAAAAUGCUUCUAGGUCAAAUGGACCCCGUUCCGCACUUGGAACAGCUGUACAAAAAGAAGAAUGA